AUGAAAGGACACAAAAGAGAGCAGAACAAGCUCCUAACAGAAGGAGACUCACUCAUGGCCUAUGAGACAGAGGAUCAUGAGACUCAAUACUGCUUUCCUGCCAUCAACUCAUCGUGUAUCAAGGAAAAACGCUCCAGUCAUGAAUACCAUAUAAUGUAUGUGUUUUUUUCAUUGCUGUCGGCAUGGACUGUGUUUCUGAAUCUGCUGGUGAUCAUCUCCAUCUCUCACUUCAAGAAGCUUCACACUCCAACCAACCUGAUCAUUCUCUCUCUGGCUGUGGCCGACAUGCUUAUUGGACUUAUUGUUAUGCCUGUGGAUGCUAUUAAACUGAUUGAGACGUGUUGGUACUUUGGAGACACGUUGUGUGAAGUGUUUAUGAUAAUCAUGGGACUGCUUGGCUCAACGUCGCUUAGUAAUUUGGUUUUAAUUGCUGUUGAUCGUUACAUGGCUGUGUGUCACCCUUUACAGUAUCCACAGAAAAUAACCACAACAAAAGCUUUAAUAAGUGUCUGUGUCUGCUGGUUUUGCUCCUCAACCUACAAUUUAGGGUAUUUAAUUAGCAGAAGACAUUCGGACACUUUACAAACACCAGACAUGUGUUAUGGAAGGUGCUAUUUAAUAAUAAGUUUUUCAUGGAUGAUAACUAACCUGUUUUUUUCCUUCUUGCUUCCUUGUAGCCUGAUAAUAACUUUGUAUUUGAGGAUAUUUUAUGUUGCACAUCAGCAAGUGAAAGUUAUAAAUUCUCUGAUGAAGGGUGGUAAAUUUGUGAAAGAAGGUUCAGUGAAGAGGAAAUCUGAGAGAAAAGCUGCUCUGACAUUAGGAAUCAUUGUGGUAGUUUCUCUAACUGGUACUGCUGUAAUCUCUUCUGCCACAAUGACUUUUCUACUGUGGAUUUUGUAUAUUAGCUGUGGUCUGAAUCCUCUGAUCUAUGCUUUAUUUUACCGCUGGUUUAAACUAUCAGUUAAACACAUCCUAACUUUUAAAAUAUUUGAGUCCGCAUCCUCUCUCAUGGAUAUUUUUAGCGAUUAA